AUGUCAUCACACUUACAGAGAAUGGGAGAGAAGGUGUUGGUCACAGGCGGUGCAGGCUACAUUGGGAGUCACUGUGUGCUGGAGCUUAUUGAAGCAGGAUAUCAGCCCAUUGUGGUUGACAAUUUCAGCAAUGCUGUGAAAGGAGAAGGUGGGAUGCCGGAGAGUAUACUUAGGAUCGAGAAGUUACUUCACACCAAUAUUGAGUUUCAUGAACUUGACCUUCUGGACAAAGCCGCCCUGGAUGGACUUUUCAAAAAGCAUUCUUUCUUCGCUGUGAUGCACUUUGCUGGCCUGAAGGCUGUCGGAGAGUCCUUGCAACAGCCUUUACGCUACUACAGGGUCAACCUUUCCGCUUCCAUGAACCUGCUUGAGGUGAUGCAGGCUCACGGAGUGCACAAUUUGGUGUUUAGCAGCUCAGCCACAGUUUACGGUGAGCCCCAGCGCCUGCCCAUUGACGAGGAGCACCCCGUUGGCAACUGUACCAACCCUUAUGGCAAGACCAAGUACUUCAUAGAAGAGAUGAUUAAGGACCACUCCAAAGCCGAAAAGAAUUGGAAUUCUGUGUUGCUGCGAUAUUUCAACCCCAUCGGUGCUCAUGUCUCUGGUCUCAUCGGAGAGGACCCUCAGGGUAUCCCCAACAAUUUAAUGCCAUAUAUCGCUCAGGUUGCUGUCGGGAGAAGGGAGUGCCUUAGUGUAUUUGGAGAUGACUAUGACACACUUGAUGGGACAGGUGUGAGAGAUUAUAUUCAUGUUGUUGAUUUGGCUAAGGGACAUAUAGCUGCGCUGAAGAAACUGAAGGACGACUGCGGGUGCAAGAUUUACAACCUCGGAACAGGAACAGGCUAUUCUGUGCUUCAGAUGGUAAAUGCUAUGAGGAAGGCGUCUGGAAAGGAAAUUCCCUACAAGAUAGCUCCACGUCGAGGAGGAGAUGCAGCAUGUUGUUAUGCUGACGCUGGUCUGGCUGAGAAGGAACUUGGCUGGAAGGCUGAGUUUGCACUGGAAAGAAUGUGUGAGGAUCUCUGGCGCUGGCAGUCGAUGAACCCUACCGGAUUUUCAACUUCCUGA